GACAGCUCGCUCAAUCGUUGGAUUUUCGCGAGGAAGCGAGUCAGGCCAGUGUUCCCGUCGUUUCGGAAUUGUUUUCCCCCGCUUGAUGCGUAGUUAAGGUGUGUGGAAAGUGCACGUUACAAUCAUGAGCGUGAGUAAAACAAUCACCGAAACGGUUACCGCCACCGGUAAGGCGGCAUCCGCCGUGAUAGGUACCACCCAGUCCGCGCCAGCGACGGCCGCAGCACCGCAGCCCGUCCAGCGCCCAUAUGGGAAAAUCGUGCUCACGCUCGAAAACUGUCUGCUUCCGGAAGUGAAGCUGGACCAAACCCCGUCCCAGAACGAUGGGCUCGAUCGGGAGACGGAGACGGAUCUGCGUAUCCUCGGGUGUGAGUUGAUCCAGACAGCAGGAAUAUUGCUAAAAUUGCCCCAGGUUGCCAUGGCGACUGGGCAGGUCCUAUUUCAGCGAUUCUUCUACUCAAAGUCCUUCGUGCGCCACAGCAUGGAGGCGACGGCGAUGAGCUGCAUCUGCCUGGCGUCGAAAAUCGAGGAAGCCCCGCGCCGGAUCCGUGACGUCAUAAAUGUGUUUCACCAUAUCAAACAAGUCCGCAGCCAAAAGCCACUGCUACCGAUGAUACUGGACCAGCACUACAUCAACCUGAAGUCGCAGGUCAUCAAGGCGGAGCGGCGCGUGCUGAAGGAGCUCGGGUUCUGCGUGCACGUGAAGCACCCGCACAAGCUGAUCGUGAUGUACCUGAAGUACCUCGAGCUGGAAAAGCACCAGAACAUGAUGCAGAUGGCGUGGAACUUCAUGAACGACUCGUUCCGGACGGACGUGUUCGUGCGCUACCAGCCGGAAACGAUCGCGUGCGCGUGCAUCUAUCUGACCGCGCGCAAGCACAACAUUCCGCUGCCGAGCAAUCCGCCGUGGUUCGUGAUAUUUCGCGUCAGCGAGGACGACAUGCUGGACGUCUGCUACCGCAUCAUGGCCCUGUACAAGCGGGGCAAACCGAACGCCGAGCUGCUGGAGGAAGCGGUCGAAGCGCUGAAGAAAAAGUACCAAGAGCAGCGCAAGAAGGACCGGCCCGAGGCGGCGCCGGCUCCGGCCCCGACCGUCAUUACGGUGGACCGGAACAACGGGUCGCACAACGCUUGGGGCGGGUUCAUUCAACGGGCCAUCCCACUGCCCCUGAAUCCAUCCGGAGCGGCGGGCACUACGAACAGCAGCGCCAACAGUGGGACUGGCGGCGGGACUGCAGCGCCCAGCAGUGGCAGCAAUGCGAACAGCACCGCCGGACUGAACAACAACGAGCCCGACACUGCCGGAGGAGGGACGAUGGGCGAUGGGAAGAAGCGUUCUUCGCGUUCGCGGUCUAAAUCGCUGUCGAAAUCCUCCCGCUCGAAAUCGCGCUCGUUGUCUCGGUCGGUGUCGCGGUCGCGAUCCCGCGGCUCCCGGUCCCGCUCCCGCACAUCACAGUCGCGCUCGCGCUCCAAAACGCGCACGUCCCGGUCGCGUUCGCGCAGCCCCGCUUCCCGCUCGCGGUCACGUUCGCGCUCGCCUCACUCGCCGCACUAUUCCACCGACAAGAGUGGCGGCGGCACCAGAAGGACCUCGAAGAAGACGCGCCAUCGCUCGCGCUCGCCGGCGAAGGUGUCAUCCUCGGGCAAGAAGAAAUCCUCCCGCCACUACUCGUCCCGUUCGCCAUCGCCCGACUCGCCGCAAAAGUACAAAAAGAGUGACAAGAAAUACGAUCGUCGCUCGGGCAAGGAGGACCGAAACAAUGACAAUCGCUACACUAACGGCGCAGAUCGUGAUCGCGGCGAUCGCUCGAAGGGAAUGAACCACACCAAUUCGUUCAUGGUGGAACACUCUCGCCGGGACCGCGAUCGCGACCGUGAUCGAAUGCGAUCGGACAGUGGCAAGGUAGGUGGCGGUGGUGGUGGGUACGAUCGAGACGACUACAGGCGUACCGAGAAGGAUUACCGGGGCAAUGGAAAGCACGACAAGUAUGGCUCUAGUCGCCAUAGCGAUAGCAGCAGUCGACAUCGGUCAUCCAAGCACGAACGCGAACGAUCACGCGACCGUGAUCGAGACCGUCGGCGAUAGGAACAAUUGAAAGAGAAAGAUAGAGAGAGAGAAAGAGAGAGAAAGAGAGAUAAAGAAUUAGACAGAAGUUAUUACAUGCUGCCAUGUCUGUACGAGUAAAUUAUUCACAGUUGCAUUCACAACUCUCCAGUGUGAUGGAAUUACAAAGACAAAAUAGACAGACACACUCAUCCCCCACUUAAACAUGUCCGGCACACACUCAAAAUCGAGCAGAAAGGAUUUGUGCCGAAGUAGCUUUAAUUUUUCUGGCCCUCGGGUGGCCAUUUACAGAAUACCGGUAUUCAAUCGUGCAUCGACUCUGUUCUUUUAUUUUUUAGAAAUUUUAGUUGUUUUUUUUGUACAAUUUUUACCAACACACCACGAUCCGAUGUGGGAUAGUUAGAGGCAAAGUCAGACACACAGUGGUGUAAUGAUGAUAAUGAUUCAUUCAUAAGCCAACGCUGACACGAGAACUGAAAACGGAAAGCGUUAGUGUGUAUGUGUGUAGCAUUAUUAUCACGACGAUUGAUUAAAUUUACUAAUAAAAGUAAUAGAGCAAAGAGUGUAAAAAUAGAUUUUAAACUAAAUAAUGAUAACGACCAGCAAGGAGUUAAAAUGAAAUCGGAAUUGGAGCAAGAACAGUCCCUGCUAUGCGACAGCGGACACGUGAUGGGUUCAAAUAAAGAAGUUAAAACUGUUAUUUACAAA